CUAGGGAGUGUAAACAGUUGGAUGGAAGAAGGAGAAGAAAUGAAACGGGCAGAACGGGACGUUUUCGUAUGAUAUGGCCGAUUUUCUUCUGGACAUAUAGCUGUGUGGUGAAGCAGCUUCUGUGAUAUCUUUUUUGGUGUUAGUAUUUGAUCUACAGUACAAAAACAUCAUGUAUGAUAGAGCACCAAGAGACCUUGUUCCUAAGGUUGGCUGCACCUCUGAGGUGGUUGGACCAGGGUCUUAUGAACAACCUGUGGGGAAGCCAAGAUUUAAAGCUGAUGGGUAUGCCCCUUUCCUGUCAAUGACUAGUCGAGGAUCAUUUCUGAACGUUAGUGAUCAGCUUGUAGCUGCUCCAGGACCUGGUCACUAUGAUCCAAAGUUAGCCGCAGAAAACACAAAGGGUAGUAUGGCAAUGGCUAGCAGAGCCAAGCGUUUCCAGAGUCCAGUCACAGAUACCCCUGGCCCUGGCAGUUACAACGUGCAUAAUGAGAUUAAACCGCUAUCCAGUGCCCCAGCGAAUAAUCCACACUCAUCUCUAAUGACAUGCCGAAUUCGUUUCCACCGAAAAGCAGAUGCCCCAUCAAUUCCAGCCCCGAGACAGGCGUAUGGUUAUGAGGAAAACAGUGACGGCUCGCUGAAGAAACAAGACCCACCCAGGAAAGACACUUCCCUUGGACCAGCAUACUAUACGCCUAAAGUAGACACCAACAGAACAUCUAGUAGAUAUAAGGGGGUACACUUUGGUCAGAUGACCUCGCGGCGGUCAGACAUUCCUUGCCAACAAGGACCUGGCCCUGGUCAGUAUGAUCCCUUUAAAGAGCCUGAAGUACUGGUGGAGAACACCAACAUUCAUGAGGAAGACAAAAGCCGAUUUGAAGCUCGUCUCCCGCGCUACCAUGAGUCCAUUCCCAAAGACGAGGAAAAAAAGGGUGUUCCAGGGCCAGGGCGCUAUGAGAUAAAGGGACAGUUUGAAAAGCCACAGCCGAAACUGAAUACAGAGGGCCUGGAAGUUGAACAUCCCCCCUUCAUGACACAGUCCAAGAGAUUUGGAAACAAUUCAAAAGGCCCCACCCCUGCUCCAGGAUCAUAUAACGAUCCCCGCCAUGCCUUUGAGACACUCCAUAGGGUGAGUGGACUGAAGAGAAGUCCAUUUGGGCAAACCUCAGUCCGCUUUGAAGAGAAACGUCGUACAAGGAAAACACCAGGUCCUGGGACGUAUAACAUAACAGGUCUUGGGUCAGAGAGUAUGAGGAAAGCUUACAUAGAGAGUACAAGAAGGGGAGUGUUUGGAACAACAUCAGUACGGGCAAUCAAACUGACCGACAAAGAACAGACAGAGCAGCCAGGGCCUGCUGAAUACCAAGUGAAAGAAAAACCCUUUCAAAGUCGCUACCAGCAAAAAUCAUCCAUGUUUGCAUCAACUAGUUCAAGGAUUGCAGACGUGCCCAGUGUAAUCAAGGAGAUCCCCCCACCUGGCUCCUAUGAUGUUGGUGAGUCGUUUGAGAAAUCGCAGGUCAAACUGGAAAGAAAGAAAGCCCGCAGUGAAGCUGGUGCCCGCAAACAAGGCUCAUUCAUGUCAUCCUCAUCUCGCUUCGCUCCACCAAGAGACAUCCCUAUACCUGAACAGGAUGCUGACUUUCCAGGUCCAGGUACCUAUGAGUCACUGAAGCCCACCCCUAUGCCUGGAGGCUUGAUAACUACCAAAGACAAGAGGUUUAAACAAGCCAGCCCAGAGAAUCCUGGGCCAGGGGCCUAUGAGUUAUCUCCCCUGAUCCAGGACACAGUUCUCAAAGGAACCUUCAAUGCCACCCUCAACAACCCACUGGCACCUCAGAUGGAUACCAUGAGGAAUGUGUCAACAAAUAAACAAGCACUUCUUUUGGGGGUCUAAACAAACUUAUUUAUCAUUGGGAUGGAGACGAUUGAUUGACCUACAAGAAUAACAAUUCAUGAAUGGAUGAAUCAAGACCUGCCCAACAAACCCAACAUCAUCAUCACAAAAUGUCAGCUUUCGUCAGAUUAGAGAUAUCUGGAUAUAAUGUUUUUCUGAAAGGAAUUUAGUUGAUAAAGUAUUUAAUAUGCAGUUGAAAGGAGGAUAUUCAUAUCCUGUAUUUUGUUUUAGAGUUUUGGGUUUUUUUUUCUUUCUCUUCAUUUUUGUUGUUUGACCAAUGACAGUAUUAUGGUCUCAUGUUAAAGACAAUUUUUACCAUAAGCAUUAUUGAGUGGUAUAAAAUAAAAUACAUUUGUGCAAAGCUGUGAUAAACAAUACAAUCAUUUUGACAAGGAUUUUGAUGGGUUUUCUAUAUAUUUAGAAAUCAUUUGAUAUACAUGUAUAAUUCUGUACAUUUGUGGUUUCAUUUUUUACCUUGUAAGUUACAUAUUAAAGGUCUAAUGUUUUGACUGCUGAUUGUGAUUGCUCACAUAUUUUCAUAUUUACUGUUCUGCUGAAUUCCUUCACAAGUGUGUGAAUUUCAAACCUACUUAUUGUCCAAGACUAUCUUUACUUAUUUACUUUUUUAGACAUUUCAGAGUCACCAAAAAUUAAAUGAAUUAGUGUAUAUCUGUGAAUAAAAUAUGACUUUAUAAAACAA